AGUUUUAUCAGAAACCAAUCCCAUCUCUUCUCAUUCUGCAAGAUUAUAACCACCCUCAGAUCUGAUAUAAGACUCGGAUCAGCAGGCAGAUUUCACUCAGUUAGGAGCAAGAAGAUGGCAACCGCAGGCAGCAAAAGGCCCAGAGACCCCUCUGUUCAGGGGUUAAAGGUCAAGUUUUUGAUCAAUAUACCUUUGAAGGUGAAUUCAGAGGAUGAUGCACAGAAAAGGUGUUGUUAUCUUCUUGAUGCCCUAAGUGAAGGCUUUAAGGAAGAAGAAAUGAAAUUUAUAAAGGACAAGAGUGGCAAAGAAGUGCUGGAAGACGUAGCCGUGGUUAUUGGCAUGAAUGGAAAACACAGCCCAGAACUAGUUCAGAUCCUGAAGAAGCUCGAGACCUUCAGGUACGACUGUAAAAUUAAGUAUUCUAUAAUCACGUACACCUGGGGAAUAGGUGGAACAAUAGCGCAAGACGCGACUGAGCCACCAUACCAGCAUAUUCGAGAGCAUCUGAAAAAUGACGGCGCUACAACAAAACUUGUGGAGGAGUUGAGGGGGAGCGACAAAGGUUGUCUGGUUUACUUCAGUUUCGUUGAUAGUGACACCAUCAGAUUCAACUUCAUCUACAGUGAAUACUUACAGAUUGUGAAAGAGGAGCUGAAGAAAGACUCCAUCCCGCCCACCGUGAUGUCGACCGGUUAUGAGUUCCACAGGGGCAGCGACUAUCACAUUGCGAGUAGGCUGGACCGCAUGGUUCGUGUAGCAGUGGCAGAGGUCAAUCCUCUCUUUGUGUACUACCCAGAGCCCAACUUCUGCGUUCUAGUGCCUGAUGGACUCAACACCAUAAAGGAGAGUUUCAUCCAAAAAGGAAGAAAGAAUAUGGAGUCACCCAUUCUGAUCAAUCGGGUCAAGACACGUGCCAAUUUUAAAGCUGUGUUUUCAGACAGAAACCCUAUCAUCAUCGCUAUUCCGGACAGAUUUACACUAAGUGGCCAAGGCCUGAAGACUGGACAGUCGACGCUGGACGGGAUGAAUUUGGCAAAGGGUGCAAACUGUCAUGGAGUGCUCACAAAUUAUCAAACAUUUAAUAAAGAGGGACCAAAUGCAAGCACAAAGAAGUCAGGAAUUACUGGGAAAAACAGAGGAUUCAUCAUUCAAUUAUAUAACGCUAAAAAUGAGCAGGAAUUAGAGCAGCUGAGUAAGAAAAAUCCGUUCACCAUAGAGGGAAAUGAUGCUACAAUACUAGUAAAUGCUAUUAGAGAAGCAAGAGAAUACAAAAACUUUGUUCUUGAAUUUAACGAAAACCUCCCUGGAAAUAAUUAAAUUUAAACUCAUCUGUUUUUACCAUGGUAAAAACUGAUGAGCUUAAAUUUGAGUAGUAUGACCUUAUUCUCACUGGAAAAUGCCUGUUUUUAUAUGUUGAUACGUUGCUACGGUAUACUUGUGCGGCUUUAAUCAUUUAAAUGGCAUUGUCAAUGUUGAUUUAUUACUUAACCUAACAACAUAGUUUAUUCCAUAAUGAAAUAGCACGCUUAACAUAAACAGUAACAUUACAGUCUGAGUGUCACAGAGUCACAGCCAGCACCCACCAACACCAACGCAUCGUCACCGGAUCUCCACACUCCACCCGCUCAUUCACAGUCUCCUGAAUACUGAUCACCCGCACCUGCACCUCAUCAUCCAUGGACACUAUAAAGACUCUCACUUCCCUCUCAUUUGUCCGCUCUUGUCUAACGUACCUGAACUCCUUACCUGAGGUUACCGUGUUCCCACCCUGUCGUCUUCCGUCUCUGGUUCUCUGUGUUCACCUGCAUCUGCAAAAGACAUUCCUCUGUUAUUCACCCAGCUAAAUCACCAUACUGAAGUGCUUGUUCAUUGACUCACCUGCAUGCACCGUCUGCCUAUGUUCAUGCCUCUGUUUAAUAAACUUAAACUCACCUCUCUGCUGCCGUCUGCGUCCUGACACUGAGACUAAAACAUAUUGGCUUGGAGACGUCUGGCUGUAAUUUGCAGCUAAAUUGUAGUAGUAUUAUUCGUAUAAAACAAUAUAGUACUGUAAUAUCAGUAAUGAAAAUCCAAAGGAAUAAUCAUUUUAAACUCUCACCUGAAAAUUCUUUCUAAAUUGCAAAUAGAUAUUUUAGGUGGGUUUUGCCUUUAAUAAUUUUAUGUUUAAUAAUUACUAGUGUGCAUUACACAAUUUACUUAUUUUACUCUGUUUUUAGAUUGUGAAUCUGAAUCAGGAACAGCCACAGUAAGUAGGGCCUAUUUUGUGUAAAUGAUAUGGACAUUGUAUGCCAAUUUUGAUGCUGUAUGACACAAAAAUCACACUUAAUCAAAUGUGUUCUUAUUAAAGUCUUAUUAAACAUCUAAUGAUGUUUGUUUUUGAUCUGCUGAAUAAUUAAAAUAUAAAUACAUUCUGAAUUAUAUUUACUCUUUUACAUUUAUUUCCCAACUGUAUGACUGCAUUGGUUGUAUGUGAUACCUGAUUCCAAUAAAAAUAAAA